GCUAUUAUUGCUAUCUCCUAUAUGUAUAUUUUAGAGAUCAUAUGUCUGACAUGUAUACGUCGAAAAGAAUGCAGCUGUUUUAAAUUAUCUUCAAAGCAGCCUUGCGUCUUUGAUUUUGGAUUCAACAGGGUCUGAAUACUGUGAAACUGCAGACUCGUACUUUUCGGAGAAGAACAAAGGCACGGAACAAGCGGAUUAAUUCAUCGAUGUGCGUAAAAUUCUUUAGUGGCUUCUCAAAGCAGCCCAAAGAAUAAUACAUUUUUUUUGUUUUUAUCAAACAGUAGGAACAUACGCACAUGUGUUUCUGCUAAUUUCAGAGUACAUCCCUUUGUGAAUGUUGUGCUUGACAAUAAAGAGCUUGCGGAUUUUACUACAUGGGAUUUUGAUGCUAGUCUUGAUUUUUGCUAUGCCCAACUCAUCAUGUUUGGCUCCUUUAUAUUCACGUGGAUCAUCCUCUCUAAUUGAUUUCACAGAAUGCGGCAGCUUUCACAGUAUGUUUAUAGUUUUUAUUGUUUGCUUUUUUCCACGAAUAAUUUUCGACAUCACGUGAAUAGCUGCUCGAUGCUUACCAAAAAUUUGAAAAAAAAAGGUUUGACACGAAACUGUUUCUAGGCUCCUGCCUCUCCUUUGGAUACGAUGUGGGGUUUGUCAGACAAGCAUCCACAUUGGUUUGUGGCUAUUGUUUUCAGAAUCAACGGCGACCCUUCAUUAUUCCCUAUUUCACUUUCUGAAACUUGUUUUAGAGUCAAACUCUACCGCCCUUAAAAUUUUUGUGCAAUUAUAUACAUGCAUGUGUAUAUUGGGUUCUUUGUUUAUAUAUAUAUUUGAUGCAAAGCGUCGCCUUUAAAAAAAAAAUUCCAUGCAUAGUUGCAUUUUAAUUUAUAACUAAAUCAAAACAUGUAUUUUAUUAGAUUUUCAAUCAUCCAAUUGGUUGGUGUUUGCAGUGUCUGGCGAUUCUAAUUGAGCCUUAUGAUUUAACCUUAACUUUUUUUUUGUAAGUAUUUUUCCUUUAUGAUAGUCUCCCACAUCCACAUAAGCCUCCAUGUCAGUUGACUUUAAUUUGUUUAUAGAUCACUACAUAUUGCUUCUUGUGACACGCUUUCCCGCAGCCUUGUCCUCGACAUCGUCCGCGCGCGAUCGCGAGCAGGCAUGGGGGUGGAUCGCGGAAGCCGUGCAGGCCGUUGUCGCGGCGCCUAAAACCCCCACGGAGCGUCUUCAGGCCCAACAGGUGGAGUCCUCAGCCUUCUCCCCCUCUGUCUGUCGCGCGCGCGCCGAGUACCUGAUCUGGCGGCUUCGCCAGGAUCCGCCGUCCCGGCGACGGGGCUCAGCCUCCGCUCGGGCCCGAGCCCCGGACCAGCGCAUCGGCCGGCCGGCCCCGGUCAGUCCUUUGGGUGUGAUCGAUCCAACCCUGAACGUGCUCGGCCCAGGGGGGGGCCCGAGCUCCUUUGACGUCACACAGGACUCCACGAAGGAACGGGUGGAUGCCAUCUACGACGCGAUACGGCGCCAACUCCCCUCCAGCCUCGUCCACCACGACGAUGAGGACGACAGCGAGGAUGGCGAGAGGUCCGACGCGGAUGCGCCGGCGGUCGAGGUGACCAACGGCCUGCGGGCCGCGGCAUCGAGGGGCGGACCCAAUAGGCAGCUGAAGGUGGUUGAAGUUCCGAUCCGCAGUGAGGAGGAAAGCCGCCGUUAUCAUGUGAUGGCGUCCGCUCGCAACGAGCUUCUCUCUGAAGUUCAGAGGCUACAGUCAAAGUUCUAUGCCACUUACCACCGAUGGGCCGAGGUGCCGAACGACCUCGUGAACGACCCCGCGGGGAUGAUACCCUUUGAGCCACACGACCGCACCCACGAGAUGCCGAACAAAGGUGAGAGCGAGGUGAAAUCUAAGCUCCUUAGUACCCUUUUCGGUCCUGCAGGGUGUCCGCCGAGCUCCGCAUCUGAUGCUAUCUCUGCGCUUCGUAGUUCAGUGAAGGUGGAGCGUCCUGCUCCUAGACCCUCGCGUGAUAACCUGGAGGGAAGGUCUGCUGAACCUUUUAGCUAUCCCCUCUAUACUCCCUCCUCCCAGAUUCCGUCCAAAGUCUCUAUGCAAGAGCCCUUUACUAUAUCAAACACCUCAUCAGGAAAAUUUCCAAGGGCUGUAGUUGAUUUAGAGUCAGAUGCAUCUUUGGUGAAGACGCAUCCCCACAAAGAAAUAGCUGAUGGUUUGAACAUUGCCGCGCCGAAUGCGGCACUUACAGUAAGUAUAAUAAGAAAAGAGACCAAUCCCCCAUCAAACCGUCAUGGGAGGUGGCAGACGAUUCAUUAUAAUGACAACAAUAAUGAAGAUAAAGAUUGA